AACUUAAUUAGUUUAAUGAUGAAAAUCAAUCAAGUAAUCAGCAUUCCAAUAAUUGAGUCAUUUCCUUUGGAACCAUUAUCGUGGUUUUUGUGUAUAAAGAUCCUUCUCUUCCGUGGAGUCAUCAAAAACACCCAAGCUACCUUGUGCAGAGAAACUGAGGAAAUGGGAAGCUGCUGCUCUUCAAUAUCAAUGGCAGCUCUUCUCAUCCUCGUUCACUUUGCAACGCUCCUAAACUCGGGUUUAGCAGUUAGGGAACUCCUUGGAAUUCAAAAGAACACCGAGUUCAUCAGGACAUCAUGCGGUACAACGACAGACCCUGGCCUGUGCAUGACCACAUUCUCAGGCUAUGCAUCCAAAAUCCAAGCUAGCCCCAAAUUGUUGGCCAGCACUGCGCUCUCUGUCACGCUUAGCACCACGCGUUCUAAUUCAACAGUCAUUGUAAAACUCUCCAAAAGCCAGGGCCUAAAGCCUAAAGAGAUUGCAUCCAUCCGUGAUUGCUUGGAAGAACUGAAGGAUUCAGUGGAUGAGCUGAACAGGGCUUUUGCGGAAAUGGGUUCAGGUGGAGGCAAAAGCUUUGAGCUCCGAAUGAGUGAUAUAGAGACAUGGGUGAGCGCUGCUUUGACUGAUGAGGACACUUGCAUGGACAGCUUCUCUGGAAAGGACAUCAAUGGGAAUCUCAAAACUACUGUGAGGAGACAAAUUGUGAAAGUUGCACAUCUGACAAACAUUGCCUUGGCUUUUGUCAAUCGCUAUGCUGCCCACCCAUAAGUCUUAAUUAAUUGUCAUUUCCCUUUAAUUAACGUUAUGUUGUGUUAUGUUUUGUGUGUGUGUUUGCUUAACACACUGCACUGCACUGCACUAGACUACACUUGUGCUCUCUGCUUUAUGUUUGAUUUUAGUCUUGGUGGGUUUGAGUUCAUAUCUAUCAAUUUUAAUCUAUCAUGAAUUGUAGGAUAUCCAAAUAAUCAUGUCAUUGCUUAAUUGAAACCAUUAGUUUCGACUGAUGUUCUUUACUGUUGUAUAUUUAAUAUAAGAAUAUUAUAGAUUAAAUAUUUUCAAAUAAAAUACAAA